AUGCUGCAUCUGGACAGUAAAAUGGAUCGGUUCAAAGAAGAGAUGAAACAUAAGCUGAUAGAUACAUCGGCUUCUUUUGAAGAGCAGAGCAAGCUCAUAAAAUACUUGAAGAUUCUCGAGCCAGACUCUGAUCCUACUUGGGAGUGUAUUACCGCCUACCACUGUUGGCUUGAGGACAUACUGUGGAAGUUGCAAGAAGAACAUUUCAAAAAAGUCGAUUUACUCGUGAGUAUGAGAAUUUUUUGUAUGUUGUUAUUGGUUGAAACAAACGAAAGGCAAUUAUUUGUAUCGUCAUUGGUCUCCAUUCUAAUGAACAAACUCCAGUCCUUUUGGAAACUUUCUAAUACAUACACUACAAAUGAUGAGCGGUGGACACAGCGGCAGGACGACAUCAACCAAAUGCUUAUCAAUACCAUAAACGUGUCAUCGUGGUUGAUUUUGAACGCACUUGUCCCGAAAGCCUUACCAGAUGACGUCAUCAAGAGGUAUGAAGCGCAGUUUGUUAAAUGGCCUGAAAUGUCACCACAAGUGAAUAGGACUGUCCUCACGCAGAGUCUGAAGGCUCUUAGAUCAUUCAUAUCAUCCUUAUUGGAAGCUCAGUUCACAAAUACCCACGUCCAACCACUGAUAGAAUUAUGUAUGACGGUGCGACUGAAAGUAGUCUCCGAUGUGAUCGAUAAAGGAGUGGAAAAUAUAUGUGCUCUUGGAAGCAAAGAAAACUGGAAACAAGACUUUAGUUCAAGUGUUGCAGCAAAAACGACUCUUCCAGAUUUCUACGAAAACGAGGUGUUUGAUUGUCUGUCUGGUGUUCGGGAUGCCUUGGCAACAAAUGGUUACCCUGGUGAAGCGUGUUUGUUUUCACGUGAGCGGUUUAGAACUACACUCGUCGACAUAUUUGUUCAUCUGGUGACUUCAAUAAGACACUGCUUUGACAGGUAUCUUACUACGAAGAAGCUUCUAAUAAGCAUAUGUAAUUUGGAGUUUAUAUUGGAAAAUGCGUUGAAAAGCAUCAACAAACGCAUGUUUGAUUGUGGAGUGAAAUAUGCAGAUGAGAAAGCAAAAGCAAAGUUGUCGCAAUAUCGGCAAACAUUGGUUCGGUGUUAUAUCAUGAUAAAGAGUAGUGCUUUUUUAACGUUGAUAGAAUCUGCCAACUACGAAUACAUUCCCGAUGAUGAUGUCUCCGACUAUGCUAAGGAAAUGAUGAUGUGCUGUGUGUUGCAACAAGCAGAAUUAGAGCUUUGCUCUCCUCAGCUGACUUCAGAAUGCCUACAGGCUACUGUACAGAAUGCUUUUGUCAAUCUACUGGACCAACUUGAAGCUCGUGAACCUGCUUCUGAAAGAGAAGCGUCCCAACGUGUUAUAGACAUAUGUGCCUUGGAGCAAGCACUGGGGGGUUUUACGAAUUUAGAAACAAGGUCAGUUGUUUACAAAUCUUUUUUUGCAUCACAAGAAAAGCUUCAACGAUGUUUGAACAACAUGCGAGCAUCGAUGCGAAUGGCAAUGGAAAGCUUGGAAGGAGGUGCAGAGGACGAUCUGAACACAUCUAGUAUUUGA